GACCGGCAGUUUCCAAACAGGUCAAGACCAUGGCAGUCCUCAGUUCCAUGUUGCUGCCACUCAGGCUGUUUCUAUGCUUCGGACUGCUGUGUUCUUCUCCCAGCUCUGCAGAUGACAUUGACAACUGCAUGCUCUUCAAUGAGGUCACCACCACUGGCCAAGGAAUCAUGGCCAAUUCAGAUGUCUAUGAAAGCAACACAAACUACACAGUAUGGGUUCCCGUGAAUGCCAGUAUCAGCUCUGUGGUCCUGCGAGCAGUGGACGCGAACAACAACUCACUAGGCCUCUGGGAAAAAGCAGACAAGCUUUGCAACAACGGUGCCCUAUAUCACCUGGAUAACCUGAGUGACCAGCUCUUCAUAGCAAACUGGAUAUCUCCUAACUCAACAAACAUAACUACAAUCGUGUUACAAGCCUUCACUAUUAAUGUCUACAAUGUGGCUGCAUUUUCUUCUCUGCAACUAGAAAGAAAAGGAAUAAAGAUGGCUGCUAACCCAGGAAAAGACAAUUGCAUCAACUUUGUGGAAAUGAAAUUUAUUGACAAUAUGCUUUACUUUAAAGCUGAAAAUGAUGACAACCUGGAAACAGAUUACUUUGGCAAGCUUGAACCUAAAAUCUCAAUCAUACGAAAUUUGAACGACCAAGUUCUCUUCGUUAACCAGGAAAAUCAACCCGUGUUUGAGGAUAUGCCUGAUUCUGACUGUACAGAUAACGCACCCCAUACCGUAUUUAUCAUAUAUAUGUAUAAAGAUAGCCUCACUAGAGGUCUGGCAGUAACCAUCUCUGUGAAGUGUAGGAGAAUGUCUACUCUCUCCUGUAAGAACAAAACUAUUUCCUUUAAGGAAAUGUGUCCUCCCGAUAGUAUCAACGAUGAAGGAAAUGACAUCAUAUUCUUUCAGAGAAGUGUUCCAGGACAUGACGAUAAGAUACAAUUUGAGUCUUCAUUGUACAAAGGAUACUUUCUAGCUUGUAAAGAAGAGAAAGAUCUUUUCAAACUCAUUUUGAAAGAAAAAGAUGAAAGCGGGGAUAAAUCCAUUAUGUUCACUGUUCAAAACAAAAGCUAGAUAUUAAAAUUGCACAGUUUGAAUUUUCUGAGUUUUUGUCUUUCAGAAAGGUUGUAAGACUUUGAGCCUAUAAUUGUAGUAAUGAAAUAAAAUGACUAAUGGUCUCAAAGGAUA